CUGACGAGGAAAGUGAAGCGGCCAACGAGUCUCUUGCUGAUCGAGCCAUGGCAAAGAAAGGAUCAGUGACACUAUCGCAAGUUGUCCAAAGGCCGACUCAGCCGAAGCUACACAAAGGCAAGGGCAAAGCAAUCGAAGUUGUCCCUCAAGAGGAUGCAAUGUCAAAUUUGAGCGAGGGCGACAGCGACGACUUGUCUGAGGACGGGGAGCAUGGCGCUGCACCUGCGAGCGAUGUGGACGAUGAGGAAGAGAUCGGCAAAGCACUCGCCAAGCGACGGGCCCAGACGCAGUCAGGCAGCAGCAAGAAAAAGAAGCGCAAGGUGCUCGAUCCAGAAGAGUUUGGGGCCUCACUGCAAGCUCUGCUGUCUGCUGCCCCCUUGUCAUCCACCAAAUCCAACAGAGUCUUCACUUCCCUCAAGCCAAUCCACGAAUCCCAAGCCGAGACAAACCAAGCUCGCAAAGCGCUCAAGCAAGUACAGCAGACUCGACACCAAGUCGCAGAACGAGGACAUGUUUCGGAUCUGAUAGCAGAUUGGCGUCCCAGGCCGCAGAGACCGUUCUCCCAAUGGACAAAGAAAACUGAAGGCGAUCUCGAGCAGGAAGAGCUAGGCGUCUCUUCUGCCGAACAAGAGAAAGCUCUGCGACGAUUAGCUCAAAAGGGUGUCGUCAGGUUGUUCAAUGCUGUCAGAGCAGCUCAGGGAGUCGAUCAAGCUCAUAAGCCGAAACCUGGCCUGGGCGCGCCUGCAGCCACACCGCGCAUCGCAGCCACAGCUGCAACAGCCACGCCUGCGAUCGACACAGAUCACCGUAGAGCGAACCUGCUCGGCAGUAGGGGUAGAGAAGAUGCUCUUGCAAAUCUGUCGAAAGAUACUUUCCUUCAGCUCAUCAAGUCAGGUGGAGCAAACAUCAAAGUCUGAAAUGCAA